AUGGGGGCAGCGGCUGAGGUUGGGAGCUUCGCCAACGUAUUCGUGGACAGCUUUAUUGGCUCCGCUGGCGCUGCUUCGGCUCCCGUUGGCUCUCAUUUGCUGCUCACCCCCGCCGGGGCCGUGGACUACAACUCGGUUACAGGACUCAUGAUGAUGGGGGGACACGGGGCAGGACUGCACGAGCACCUGGCGUCCGCAGAGAGGCUGUCCCGGAGCCUAACGGAUCUCACUCAUCUAAAGGGCAUUUUGAGGCGGAGGCAACUAUACUGCAGGACGGGCUUCCACCUGGAAAUUCACCCCGAUGGCACUGUGCAGGGGACGAGAAAGGACCACAGCAGAUUCGGUAUUCUGGAGUUCAUCAGUCUGGCUGUGGGACUGGUCAGUAUCAGAGGAGUGGACAGUGGCCUCUACUUGGCCAUGAACAGCAAAGGGGAACUCUAUGGCUCAGAGAAGCUGUCUGCUGAGUGUGUUUUCCGAGAGCAGUUUGAGGAGAACUGGUACAACACCUACUCGUCAAACAUAUACAGGCACGGGGAGAGGGGGGCUUUUUACUUUGUGGCUCUAAAUAAAGAUGGGACUUCACGAGAUGGAGCGAGAUCCAGGCGACACCAAAGGUUUACUCACUUCUUACCCAGACCCGUGGAUCCAGACAGGGUACCGGAGCUGUACAGAGACAUACUGGGGCAGAGCUGA